AUGACUCUGACAUACCGUGUCGCUUCGGCCGCACUGCUGAUCCUCGCCAUCAUCCUCAUCAAGCGCCAUCUCGACCACGUCCAGGAUGAUUCGCGCGUCCAGCCGUUCUGGCAGAUCAGUUCACCCGCUCCUGCAUCCGCUGAUUCGCUCGCCAACGAAUUCGUCCCCGAGACGCCCGUGAUUCCGGACAAUAAUCCUGCGAAAGAGGAUGCUCCUGCUGCUCCGGAAAGCUAUCACGAUAGAGCACGGCCAGGGGUGGGCGGUUUAAGGACGAAGCCGGGCGAUAGGAAGGUAUUGUCGAAGAAGCCGGAGUACGAGACGACGCCGAUCAUCGUGCCCAAUGACCGCACAAUUGUCAUGGCGAAGAUGUCGUGGGAGGAUACGUCGUGGGUGAGCAACGAUUUGAACGAAUGGCGCAACGUAAUCUACACCGUCGAUGACCCCUUCGCCUCGCGCCACACCCCCAUUAACAAAGGCCGCGAAAGUCUCGCCUACCUCCAAUACAUCGUCGAACACUACCACGACCUCCCCGCAACAAUCAUCUUCCUGCACAGCCACAAAGACGGCUGGCCCCAAGCCUGGCACACAGACACCCUCUCCUACAGCAACGUCGAAUCCGUCCGCUCCCUGCAAAUCGACUUCAUCCAGAAAAACGGCUUCGCAAACCUCCGCUGCCAAGAAUCCCCCGGCUGCCCGGACGAAAUCCAACCCUUCCGCAACCCACCCCGCCCCGGCAAAACCGCCGAGAAAUUCUACGCACAGGCGUGGAAAGAGUUGCACAACAACACCGACGUUCCCGAGGUCGUGGCGGCGCCGUGUUGUUCGCAGUUUGCUGUGUCGAGGGAUCAGGUGCUGCAGAGGCCGAAGAGUGACUAUGAGCGAUAUUAUAAUUGGGUGUUGACGACAGAUUUGCCGGAUGAUCUUAGUGCGAGGGUGAUGGAGUACAGUUGGCAUAUUAUUUUUGGGCAGAAGGCUGUUUAUUGUCCGGAUACGUUUCAGUGUUAUCAGGAUGUAUAUGGGAGUGCUUAUUUUUGGUAG